CAAGGGCUACGAGGGUGAUCAGUCGAUCAUUGGUUAAUUUAUCUGUAACCCCCUCGUCAGCUGUUAUCAGCCCUACUAGGAGUCAUUGAUAAGAAGCAAGAGGUAUCUCAAAUCUUUUCUUUUCAAACUUCACUCAAAGCUAAAACAAUCCACGCAAGCAAUAAGCAACAUGGCACCACGAUCAAGAAACUGUUUCUGUCAUUUCUUCACGUCAAGUUACUCAAUUCAGAGUGUCGCUGGUGAUGGUAAUCACAAAUUCAGGUUCAGUGAGGAAGAGGAGGAGGAGAAGUUACAACAUGAAUCCGGUAAGUGACAUAUCAUGUCGUAUAACCUUACAUACAUCCUGGCGCUGUACAAGAUAAGAUUUCGGAAAGUGUUUCUGCACUAGUUAUCACCUGUGUUUCCUUUCAUACUGUAAUUAGUAAUUACUAGUCUUAUCGUUCAUCCGGACCUUUGCCCAACAACAGAUAGAACUGUCACUCAACUCAGCCGGACAUUCUCCAACCGCGGCUCCAAUCCAUCACGUACAGCGCCCACAAUCAUAACAGCCAAAGAUCAGACGCCUCUAACCGCGACUCGAUAAGCAAAAACUUUUCCCUGUUUGAUAACAGGGGGCGGCUGCGGAUACCCGAAACCCAAUCAGAGGCCGAGUUCCUACAAUUACCCCUGAAUGAACAAACCACCGCGGGUAGAUCAACUUGCAUCGAAGGAUUUCAUAGGACGUCGCCAUGUUUCAACUUUUCCAUACCCAUGUCAUUGUUUCAACGAUCCAAACAAUUUUAGAAGCAUCCCUGGCGUAAAUCCUGCAGGUGCUGCAUGGGAGUACAGAGUAGUACCCGUUCAAAAUAAGUGAAAUAGGAUGCGAUGGCCAGCUGGGCUG